AUGAAAUUCCCAAUAGAAAACCCGAGGAAACAAGUUAACUGGGACCCCGAACAAGUGGCGGUCCAGUCCAACUUGGUCCCUCCCAAGAAGCCCCAGCCUGGUCUGGUGAAGUCCAGCCUGGUCCAGGCUAGCGUGGCCACCAUGCAGAACCCGAUGGGCUGCGAACCCAAAACCAACAGCCACUGCACCCUGCCUCGCCUGUCCAUCUCAUCACGCUCGGCUAGCGUGGUGGCCAGCAUGGACACUGGUUGCGACGGUUCGCUGGCGGCUUUGCAGUCUGUCAUGAAGUGGAAGACCGUGCUGGCUGUCUUCGUCGUGGUGGUCCUGUACCUGGUGUGCGGGGGGCUGGCCUUUAGGGCGCUGGAGCAGCCGUUUGAAAGUGACCAGAAGACCAGCAUCACCCUGGAGAAGGCUUCCUUCUUGGCAAGACACCCGUGCGUCACACCCGACGAGCUGGAGGCUCUCAUCAAGCAUUCCAUCGACGCUGUGAGCGCUGGGGUGAGUCCCAUCGGCGACACCUCCUACAACUCCAGUUACUGGGACCUGGGCAGCGCGUUCUUCUUUGCUGGAACCAUCAUCACCACCAUCGGUUACGGCAACAUCGCUCCCAGCACGGUGGGCGGCAAGAUUUUCUGCAUCCUCUACGCCAUAUUUGGUAUUCCUCUUUUUGGCUUCCUGUUGGCCGGGAUCGGAGAUCAGCUGGGCACUAUCUUUGUGAAAAGUAUUUUAAGGGUGGAGAGGAUCUUCAGGCAAAAGCACAAACAGAUCAGCCAGACAAAGAUCCGAGUGACGUCCACCAUCCUUUUUAUCUUUGCUGGUUGUAUCGUCUUUGUCACCGUUCCCGCUGUCAUCUUUAAACACAUCGAGGGUUGGACCACGCUGGAAGCCAUCUACUUUGUUGUCAUCACUCUCACCACAGUGGGGAUCGGCGACUACGUGGCGGGAGGAAACCGCAGGAUUGACUACAAGAAGUGGUAUAAGCCUUUGGUGUGGUUCUGGAUCCUGGUGGGUUUGGCCUACUUUGCGGCCGUCCUCAGCAUGAUCGGAGACUGGCUUCGAGUGCUGUCCAAGAAGACCAAAGACGAGGUGGGUGUUAAGGUUGCUGCUCAUGCAGCCGAAUGGAAGGCGAACGUCCGAGCCGAGUUCCGAGAGACGCGGCGGCGCCUGAGCGUGGAGAUCCACGACAAGCUCCAGCGGGCCGCCACCAUCCGUAGCAUGGAGCGCCGCCAGCUAGGUCUGGAGCAGCGGGCGCACUCUUUAGACAUGCUUUCGCCCGAGAAGAGGGCUGUUUUCGCCAGCCUGGACGCCGGCCGCUAUAAGACCUCGUCCCAAGAGAGCAUCGACACCAAGCUGAACAACCUGCGGCUGAAAGGCGCCUGCGAGCCCUACGAGCACUGCGGCGUCGAUCCGCAGACGGCAUCCUCGUCCGAGGAGAACCUUUUCAACCUGCGCUUUGGUUCCCUCACCAAGUUGGCCAGGCGGAGCAAGAGCCGCGAGAUCCGGAGGAAUAUCCCCGGGGACGAUCAAAGGGCCAGUAUCAGCGUUGGGAACGGGAACGCCAUGGUUGACGAAGAGCGGGGCGAGGGAGCGGAAGGCGAUUGCGAGCCGGACGAGGAAAACCGGGAGAGGAAAGAGAGGAACACCAGUUUGACAAACCUAUCACAGUACUCCAUGGAACGCUCCAAGUUGAACGGGUGCAUACCGGAACAGCCUCAACAACAGGGCGAUUAGGCCUUCUCUGGAGACACUCGUCUAAGUUCUGUUGAGAAACUCAUCAGAUGUAGAAGCAGAAAUAUACCUGGAUUUCUCAAGGACUCCUUCAAGUUGAACAAACGGCAUACCUAAACCAUCCAAAACCCGAUUGAUUACUUCUUUCCUGGAGAAUAUUAUCGACUCGCCGAAGCAGUCCAAGCUUCCCCCCCCAAGGGUAGCGUCUAGAAAAAUCGUACCGCAUUGGGAUUAUUCUUGGAUUUCAAGGAGAGCUCUACCAGACCAAUUUACUAUUUGCUUGGCAAACU